AUGGCUGACUACGACAACGACAACGGCCGCUACGCCGACGAGCCCCGGUACGAUCGCGACCGUAGUGCCUCGCCUCGCGAUGAACCUCGGGGCGACCGUGCUCGCAGCCGCUCCCCCAAUGGCCGUGCGGAGGACAGCCGUCCUGGUCCCCUGCGCAAGGCCCAUCUGGUUGAGGAAGAGGAUGAGGAAGGUGCCCAGAAUACCGGAUCCAACCUUUUCGUGACUGGUAUCCACCCUCGUCUCACCGAAUCCGAUAUUUCGCGCCUUUUCGAGAAGUACGGUGAUGUCUCUAGCUGCUCCAUCAUGCUGGACCCUCACACCAAGGAAUCUCGUGGAUUUGGAUUCGUCAACAUGAGCACCGCUGAGCAGGCCGAUGCCGCCAAGGAAGGCCUUCAGGGUGAGGUCAUCGAGGGCCGCACUCUCAGCAUCGAGAAGGCGCGCCGUAGCCGUCCUCGCACUCCCACCCCCGGCAAAUACUUCGGACCCCCCAAGCGAGAUGAUGGUCGAGGCCCUCCUCGCCGUGGCGAUCGCUACGAUGACCGCCGUGGCCCCAUGGGCGGUGGUGGUGGUGGCUGGCGCCGUCGCGAUGAUGAUCACUACCGCGGUGGCCGCUACGACUCCUACAACGAUCGCCGCGACUACGGUCGUGACUAUGGCCGCGAUGGUGGCCGUGGUGAUGGUGGAUACCGCCGUGACUAUGGUGGCCGUGACUACCGCCGAGAGUCCCGUGAUGAUCACGGAUACCGCGGUGGCCCCGACCGCUAUGGUGACCGUUACAGCCGUGAUGACCGUCGUGGUGGGGAUGAUCGCCGUGCCGGUGGUGCUGGUGGUGCUCCCCCCGCUGAAGGUGGCGCUGGCGGUGAAGGCCGUGGUUAUUACGACCGCGAUGCCAACCCUCCCAGCUACGACGCAGCUCCUCCCCGUGAGCCUCGUGAGCCCUACUCCGGUGGCGGCCGCUCCUACGAGGGUCGUGGUGGCGAUGACCGCUAUGGUAGCAGGUAA